UACCGUGUGAGGAAGCUUAAAAAAUCCAAGCGGGUACUUGUGGCCAAUGAAACUUUGAAUCAUGUUCUUGGCAACAGUACUCUCGUCGUGGUAGUGUUUCCUCUUCUAUAGCCUCCUUCUCAUAGCUUCUAUCGGCCAGCGAGGGAAACUGGUUAGUGUCUCCUCUUGGCUUGUUGUCGCAGUUUAAGAGAUGGGUGUUCGCGGACUUACGUCUUAUCUCGAAGAGUCAGCUCCAUUCCUUGGGAGACUGAUCGAGCUGCGAGACACAAAGCUUAUCAUAGACGGAGAUAACUUGUGUAACUACCUUUACAAAGAAAACGGCUUCGAUUGCCGAUGCGGAGGGCAGUAUGAGGAGUUUUAUAAGAAAGUACUACUGUUUUUCGACGCCCUAAAAUCUAAGGGUGUCGAAUCGUUCGUAGUUUUUGAUGGUGCAUAUGAUAGAAGUGAUAAGAAAUUAGAAACACAGAUAAAAAGAACACAAGACAGGAUCGACACGGCUGACCGGUUGUUCAAGAAUGAAACAUCGGCUAAUGGCGAUGAAUAUUUUCUACUUCCGCUUUUGGCGAAGUUUGUUUUCGUAGAAGUCCUGAGGGAUCACUUGAUAAAAUUCGCUGUUUCUGACUGUGAAGCGGAUCCUGACAUCGCAUCUUUAGCCAAGGAUUGGGCAUGUCCUGUUUUGAGCAACGACAGCGAUUUCUUCAUCUUUGAUGUCAAGGGCGGCUUCAUCCCACUUUCCUCUUUCGAUGUUGAUCAGUUGACAGCGCGUAUUUUCUACCGCAGUGACUUGGCAAGAUAUUUUGGAAUACGCGAGGAAUUUCUUCCUUUACUUGCUUCCUUACUUGGCAAUGAUUACGUGAGUUGGGAAGCGUUAAAACCCUUCAACCACACAAUUUGGACUCUUUUCAGUGAUGGUCGUAGAGGAAAGGCGGUGAGGUUUUCAGGUGUCGCAAGUUUGCUCUCCCAGCUCUCUAAUUCAAUCACAGAAACACAAGCAUUUGAGUUCGCUUUGGGAUUGAUAGAGCCGGGUGAAAGUAGGGAGCGGCUUGAGAAAGCUGUCGAGUAUUCCCUUCAAGAAUACGCAAUUACGAAGUCCAAUUUAUUGGAUUACCUCCGAGAUGGAGUAGUCUGCAGUCUUCUAAGAACCCAAAAUAAUCUCGAACUUGACGAAGAGGUAUUGCGUAGGUUUCGCGAAGGAAAGUUCUCUACUGAUUGUAUGAGCAGCUUAACGGCGGGAAAAGUAUUUCUCAGAGUUCAGGUCGAGGACCUUGAGAGAAGAUCAUCAAAUCAGUGUUCAAUGUCACUGAGACAGCUGAUGUAUGGCAUUUUGAGCGAUGGAGGAAGAAACAUGAAGAGGAUCGAAGAAUGGGACCGAGAGGGUUUUGCAGUCAAGCACACAGACAUUAAGCCUUACAAUGAUAAGGUCCCUUCGUUCAGUUCGAUACAAAAUAUUGAUCUUUACGGCAGAUUAACGAUGUUUUUGGAUGCGCUAGAUUCAGACUCAGCUUAUAUAAAGUCAUUGCCAAAAGAAUUCACGUUAGUCGCAUCAUCUCUCCGUUUUCUUCAUCGUAACUCGCAACCGCCACUGGAGAAUAGUCAUCUGUGCGCUUUACUUUGCAGUUGUGUCAAACUAGAGGAUGGUUCGUGGAAACAAUACCUAGAACAUCCUAAAAGAGCUUUAUCCCAACCCUUUGAUGAGAGAGCAGCGCAAAGCUUCUGUCAGUGGCAGUGUGUUUUGAGAGAUGCCAUUCACCUCAACUUUGUUUUGCUUGAGCCAGUGCAGACACCAUGUAUCCGCAAAGUUUUCAAUGGAAAACUGGUGCAUUGCCUCCAGAGGGAAUUGAAAACAGGCUGUAAGCCAGAAUCCUUGAUGUCAACUCCAAGCUCUCUUGUUCGGUAUCAAGAGCUUUACACUGCAAUUACUACCGACCAGGAGGAAAUAGAAGAUGUUGUAACCAGGAUGCAAAAGUUACGGUUACACACAUCAGGUAUGAACCUGAAUGAAAGCACCAUAACCGGCAAUGUCACUCAGUGACGACCCCUAUGGUAACCAGCUGGGACAUCAUUUCUCGGCACCCUCCACCUCUGCGAGCGCAACGUGAACAGAAUCAACAGCUUCUAACAUUCGACGAAGAAAGAGAGAAAACAAAAUGUCAAACAAGAAGCGGGAGAUCGUUUCCCCACGUUCUCGGAGCGUGUUCCUCGAUAUAAUUUGUAAGAAAAAAAUCCAAAAUGGCAUGACGAAACAACUAUUAUCCUCGGUUACUUGAAAUAUCGUAAUUAGCUGAGUUACGCGCUUAGAAAUUAAACAUAUAUUUGCCAAUGUUAGCAGUUUAGGUUGGCCACUAACUUCUUACUAAUAAAUAUAAGAGACUCAACAGUUCCAAAACUGUAUAGAGUACUGGAAAUCCAUGCAAAUUUUUCUUCCAACAUCAUCCAUCCUCUGGUGCGGGACAGCGCACAUGGCAAUGAGUAGGUCAUUUAUCGUUUGAAAUGCUUAUCUCGUACCCAGAACCUACCAUGUACCGAAAUGCAAUCGCUUGGCCGUGGAGGGUCCGGGUACGAGACUGAUAAAGUGCCUUACUGAUUGACUGUUUGCACUUCCCCCAGAGCUACCCUUCACCGAUUUAGCAGCUAUACCUGAAAAUCUGUGCUCAAAAUCAUAGGAAAAAAUACAGUACUUUUCAGAAGUAUAAGUUUAUUUUAG